AUGUCUGCCAAACAGGAAACUGCUAAAAUCGAAGAUGUUAGAAUCAUUGGAUACGAACCCUUGAUCUCCCCAGCUUUAUUACAAACUGAAAUUCCUGCCACUAAAAAAUCUUUAGAGACGGUUCAAAAGGGCAGAAAGGAAGCUAGUGAAAUCAUUUCUGGUCAUGAUGAUCGUAUUCUAGUAAUCAUCGGUCCAUGUUCCAUUCAUGACUUGGAAGCAGCUCAGGAUUAUGCCACUAGAUUAAAGAAAUUGAGUGAUGAACUAUCCAAAGAUUUGUUAAUUGUUAUGAGGGCUUAUUUGGAAAAACCAAGAACUACUGUUGGUUGGAAAGGUUUAAUCAAUGAUCCAGAUGUCAAUAACACCUUUGAUAUUAACAAGGGUUUACGUUAUGCCAGACAAUUGUUUGUUAAUUUAACCAAUUUGGGAUUACCUAUUGGUAGUGAAAUGUUAGACACAAUUUCACCACAAUAUUUGGCAGACUUACUAUCUUUUGGUGCUAUCGGUGCCAGAACUACCGAAUCCCAAUUACACAGAGAAUUGGCUUCUGGUCUAUCAUUCCCAAUUGGGUUCAAAAACGGUACUGAUGGUACUUUGGAUGUAGCAAUUGACGCUUGCAAAGCUGCUGCCUGCUCACAUCAUUUCAUGGGUGUUACAAAACAUGGGAUCGCUGCCAUUACUACCACAAGUGGUAAUCCACAUUGCUUUGUUAUAUUAAGAGGUGGUAAAAAAGGUACCAAUUAUGAUGCUCAAUCAGUUGCUGAAGCUAAGGCCAAAUUAUCACCAGGCUCUAAUGGUUUAAUGAUCGAUUACAGUCAUGGUAAUUCUAACAAAGAUUUUAGAAACCAACCAAAAGUUAAUGAUGUUGUUUGCGAACAAAUCGCCAAUGGUGAAAAUAAGAUUGUAGGUGUUAUGAUUGAAAGUAACAUCAAUGAAGGUAAUCAAAAACCAAGUCCAGAAGGUAAAAGUGCAUUGAAAUAUGGUGUCUCCAUCACUGAUGCUUGUAUAAGCUGGGAAACUACCGAAGAUGUUUUGAGGAAGUUAGCUAAAUCUGUUGAACAAAGAAGAGCUUUGGCUAAAAAAUAG